AUGUCUACUACACGGAGCAGCUGCGGCAACACUAUAAACUUCGCUCUGGUGAUCCCUCCGGGCAUAGGCCACUGGACCACUUCCGGCCACUGCCCCGCCGGAUGCCUGUUGGACGGAAUGCCUGAGACUGGCAUCAAGGUGUACCAGGUCUUUCUGAAAGCACACGCGCUCGCGCGUAGCAUCCGGGUAAGACACUUUCGAGACGGCAAGGAGCUCCCGCCACUCGCGACGGACGACUACUACGACUCCAACUUCCAACAGGCUGUACGACUUCAGGAGGAGAGGACCGUCCUUCCCAGCGACCACAUCACCACAGAAUGCACCUACGACAGCAGUGGGAGAUCGAACGCCACCUUCUCCGGCUACGGCGCCCUCGACGAACUGUGCUUGGCCGUCCUCUCCUACUACCCACGCCAGACGCUCGUCGAAUGCACCUCCUCCACGUACCACGACGUCCUGAAGCAGGUGCUGGGGAUAGAGCAGCUGCAGAACGAGCAGAACCUCCUGGUGACGUCACAGUCACGGGAGCCGAUGGACCUCCUCCUCCCGAAGAGAAACACCGACUUCCGCGCCUUCGUCAGCGGCCUCGCGUGGUCAGAGGUCGACCUCGAGAACCUGGAGGAGCGGCUUUCUCGAGGGACUCACGUUGCCAGAUGUAUGAGGAGAGGGGGCGUGCCUGCACAGGUCAUCAAACUCAAGACCAGCUACCCAGACGCAGCUCCUUACGCCCCCCCUGAAGUCGCGUGCCCCCGAAUGCUCGGACAAAAGACCCAACACGCCGGGGCUUCCUCCUCCGUCAGCGCCUUCUCCUGUUUCCUCCUGGCGGGUCCGGUCCUCCUCGCGAUCCUGUGGCAGUAG